AAAACACUGAGACUGGAGAUGGAUAGUGCAAAAAUACGAUUUAAAUAAAUCGCAAUAUUGGAGAAAGAGCGUAUAAAAAGGAAUCUGAAUCGCCAUUGUUAAACAAGUAUGCGCGGGACGUUCGUUCGUGACCGCGAACGAAAGGGGCGGAUAGACGCGCGCUCCCGAGUCACCAGGAAACAUGGCGGCGCUCAUGACUCUCAGCCAGUUAUCGAGUGGCAACCCAACCUACGAGAGCUACUACAGACAGUUGGAUCCAGUGAACAGUGGCAAGAUAUCAGCUGGGGAUGCAGCUCAGUUCCUGAAAAAGUCCGGGCUGUCAGACAACACACUCGGAAAGAUAUGGGAUUUGGCUGACUCGGAGCGAAAAGGCUAUUUGGACAAGCGGGGUUUCUUCAUCGCCUUGAGACUGGUCGCCUCGGCGCAGGCAGGGCAUGACGUUAGCAUCAGCAGCCUCAGCCAAACAUUGGCACCUCCUACGUUUAGAGACACAAGCAGCCCAUUAUUAAGCGCUCCAGCACCUGAUUCGCAUUGGGCCAUAAGGCCGGACGAAAAAGGGAAAUUCGAGGGCAUUUUUGAGAGUCUCACCCCUGUGAAGGGCCUCCUUUCCGGCGAUAAAGUCAAGCCCGUCUUAAUCAACUCGAAACUACCUCUGGAUGUGUUGGGGAAGAUUUGGGACCUGGGUGACGCGGACAAAGAUGGCUACUUGGACAAAGAGGAAUUCAUUGUGGUCAUGCAUCUUGUGUACCGAGCCAUGGAGAAGGAGUCGGUGCCGCUUGCCCUGCCCCCAAGCCUUAUCCCACCCUCCAAAAGGAAAAAGGUGGCAGGCACAAUGCCCGGCGCCGUGGCUGUGCUGCCCUCCAGGUCUGCCUCCUUUGCUCUCAAGGACAGCACGAGAAGCGUCUCUCCCCUCCCCAGCGUCUCUCCCCUCGCCGUCUCUCCUUACGCCAGCCAGACGGCCAACAAUAACAACGGUCAUGUUUUCUGUGUUGAAUUCCAGCCGGAGCAGCAGCAGCAGCAGCAGUGGGUGGUGCCGGUGGCUGACAGGGAGCGGUACAAGGACAUCUUCAAGAAAACUGACACAGAUAACGACGGACUGGUCGAUGGAACGGAGGUCAUCGAGAUCUUCAUGCACUCCAGCCUGUCCCAGACCAUGCUGGCACAAAUCUGGGGCCUCGCGGACACUAAACAGACGGGCAAGCUGACCCAGGAGCAGUUCUGCCUCGCCAUGCAUUUGAUCCAGCAGAAGAUCACCAAAGGCAUCGACCCGCCAACUACUCUCACUCCAGACAUGAUUCCCCCCUCAGAGAGGGCGACAAGCUUGGUGGGCUCUUCAGCGACGCUUCCUGACUUCACCACCUUAGCGCCCGCAGAGGUGACGGGCAUCAAAGAACUGGAUGACCUCAGUCAGGAAAUAAGUCAGCUGCAGAGAGAGAAAUUAAUUCUGGAACAUGAGCUCAAAGAAAAGGAGGAAACCAUCAGAAGACAAAAUCAUGCUGUUCAAAACAUGCAGCAUGACGUGGACAGGGAGAGCAGCAGUCUGCAGGACAUAGAGUUGCAGAAGCGUGACGCCCAGCAGCGUCUGGACGAGAUGGACCAGCAGCGCUCUAAACUGGAAGGGAUGCUCAACGACAUCAAGCAAAAGUGUCAGGAAGAGUCGCAGACGAUCUCCACUCUGCAAAGCCAAAUCCGCUCGCAGGAGAAUGACCUUCGGAGCCAGGAGAAAGAGGUCGGCCGCACCAAGGCGGACCUCGGCCGCCUGCAGGACGAAGAGGCGCAGCUGGAGCAGAGCCUGCAUUCGGGCCGUCUCCAGCUGGAUAGUAUUGUCAAGUCUCUCCAGACCACCCAUGAAGAGAUCAGCCAGGCUCGCAGCAAGCUGUCGUUGAUCCAGGAGAACCAGAAGGAGUUUACCAAGACCAUUGAGCAGUACAACAGCGCCCUGCGCGACCUCACCGGGGGGAACAAUAUGGCAGACACGAGUCACCUUUUCUCAGAGAACGGCACCUUCAGGGGCGGGGCGGAUGAAUCCUUCAAAACAAGAUUAGCCAUGUUCAACACCAACAUUGCUCCAGCGGACCCCUUCCAGACGGAGGACCCCUUCAACGAUCCUUUCAGGGGAAGCGAUCCGUUCAAAGGGAGCUCGGCUGGUGAUCUAUUUAGCGGGGCGGGUGGCUCGGAUCCGUUUGCAUCCUCAGAUACCUUUGGAGAAAAACCCAAGCCGCCAGUCAAGGGGAUCAUGUGGUCUGUAAGUCGAUUUUUCAUUUUGACUUUUGAAAAUUUUCCACAAGUGUCUCACUCUGCUCCUUUUGCAGAGUCGGUCCGCCUGCCGAACCACCUCUUUUCAGGGAACCCUUUGAGGAGCAAGAAGUCUGACAAUCCUGUUCUGCCAUCAAAGAAAAGCACACCGAACCGGCCUGCCCCGCCCUACGACUCGGGUAGAGCUCCCACAGAUGUUCAUUCCUCUUUUGGAAGUGAAAGCCAGCAACUGGAGUGGGCCAAGCGGGAGAGCGAGCGCGAGGAGCACGACCGGCUGCGGAGACUGCGGCUCCAGGAGCAGCAGGACCUGGAGUUGGCCAUCGCGCUCAGCCGGGCCGACGCUCCCGGCUCCUGAGGGGGCCCACCAACAAGCCCCCCUCCCUGCCUAAAAGCCACCUUCCUGCAGACAUUUGAACUGUCACCACACUCCAAAAAGCCCCCC